AGGGAAUAGGUUGCCAGCCCCCUUCUGUUUACCUCCCUCUCCCGCUUUCCCCCUCUCCCUGCGCACUAUCUGCGCUUCACAGCAUUUUGCAUGAAAGUGGCAUUCUGUGAGGAUUACCCAGUUUGAGGGCUAAAAAAAAAAAAAAGAGAAAAAUACUGUAGCUUGGGUGCUAAUUUUGACUCAAAGCAGAACUGAAGACAUGGGCUCCGCUUCUCACCAGGAAUUCCCAGGAGUGUGUAGGACCGAGGAGGAUGAGGGACCGAGCACCGAGGAGGAUUCACAGUCCUUCAACGGGGUCGGAAUCUGUAAAUGGUUCAACGUCCGCAUGGGCUUCGGGUUCCUGUCCAUGACCGACCGGGAGGGAGUGCCACUGGACGAACCGGUCGAUGUGUUUGUCCAUCAGAGCAAGUUGCACAUGGAGGGCUUCCGCAGCCUGAAGGAGGGCGAGGCAGUCGAGUUUACCUUCAAGAAGUCGUCGAAGGGCCUUGAGUCGCAGAGAGUUACUGGACCAGGUGGCAUCCACUGUGUGGGCAGUGAAAGGAGACCCAAAGGCAAGAAGGUCCAGAAGCGACGUUCAAAGGGAGAUAGGUGCUACAACUGCGGAGGCCUGGACCACCACGCCAAAGAGUGCAAGUUACCCCCCCAGCCCAAGAAGUGCCAUUUCUGCCAGAGCAUCGACCACAUGGUUGCCAACUGCCCAAUCAAAGCACAACAGUCCUCACCAGGUUCUCAGGGAAAACCGUCCCCCUCGAAAGGAGACGAGGAGGAGCACAGCCAUCCGGCACCGCCUCCCGAGACCUCCGAUUAAGCGAGAAAAUGUGGGCAACACUGACGCCGGGGGAAGCACAGAGGCCAAUCAAACUGCUUUGAUGGAGAGACGGGACACGUGGAUCCCCUCCCACCUGUCGAAAGCUGCUUUUGGAACUACCUCAGGUUAAAAACAAAUUGUUGAUGAAGAAUGUUGCUGAUGUUUUUUUGUUGUUGUUUGUUUUUCAGUUGGUGUAAUACACACUCAGGAAUACUGCUAUAUUAUUGCACUCAGGACGCUUUCUAAAUGUUCGAAUCACUGCUGUUGCUUGAGGGGUUUAAGAUUGUAGUGAGCAAUGCCAUAUAACGGGUUAUCUUGAUGAGUUUUUGUAGAAUCUGUUUUGUUUUAUGUGAUACUGUGCCUCUCCUGUGGGCAUUAUACCUCUUCUGUUUUUGCGAAAAUACUCAGUUAUUGUGUUUUAGUUAUAGAGUUACACUUUUGCUGCCUUACCAUUUUAGUCUCCUCCCUGACUGUUACACCUCAACAUCCAACAGAGACGAGACAGUGGGUACCUCUGUAGUGAAUGAUAGUUUGCAUAUGGCAUGGGGAAGGGGAGGGUUCGGGGAAAACACAUGGGACGGGUUUUAGGGUAUAGCUAUAGGCCAUGUAUUGGCAUCUGCCAAUAUUGCAAUUGACCAUCCAGUUUGCCUGGGGCCAAAUGAAUGUCAGACCAGAAGGGGUUUUCCAGCUUUUGGUCAGAGUUAUUGUUUUUGUCAAUUCAUUACUUUCAUCCAUCGCUUUGCUGGCUGUCUAAAGGUGCACAGUCUACCUCGUUGGUGCAUGUUGGGUCUGCUACCAAAACUGUCAUACUAACUGCUGAUGGUUACCAAAUAUUCUCAGAAUACAGCUUUGGAGAUUUUGAUAUGAAUUGGGAUUAAAUCAAAUCCUCUUUGCACUACAGUAUUUACACAGCAUUGCCAUUAGUUAUAGAAAUCCAUUAGAGCUAGGGUUGGUUUUGAUCUGAUAUUUGUUGAAAUUGACAGCAAUCAAUAAACACAACAAAAUAGACAAUAAAAAUCUUGCUUUGGAGGGAUGCCUGAAGGGAUGGGCUCUCCAUGUUUCUGACUCUUGCUAAAUUUAGCAACUUUUGGAGCUAGUGCUGCUGGCUACUUUCAUAGGAAAAGAGAUGGCAACAGUGAGCUGUGUUAUGAGGUUGGAUAAUUUUAUUUAAAAUAGCUUUUCUUGCUUGGUUUCCGACAUUUCCAACCUUAACUUUAAAGAGCUACCUGAAAAUGCUGUAUGUUAGUUUGGGAAAUUAUAGAAAUUGUUGGUCGCUCAGAGUGGCAAUAAACUUGUUGUCACCACUAUUUGUUAAGGAAAGUCAGAUCUAUAGACUGGGUGUUACUCUUAAAGUCUCAACCACAGAGGGCAGCAAAACACCAUUUUUCAGCCUGCUGUUAAGUUACUGUUUUACCUUUUCUGCAGCUUAGUCAACUUUCCAACAACAGUAUGUUCUCAUUCCAUUGGCUGCUGUGUAAAAUACUGCUGCUUUAUAAUUACAUCAUUUUGGAUUUAAUAGAAUUCCAACCAUUGUGGUACUAAACCCAAUAUAUCAUCACACAUAAUAAGAUACUUGACCUGGACUGAGUUAUUGAGUGGUCCAGCUAGCUCUCCUCUUGAAACUUGAAUAAAAUGAGGCAAAAUUAGAGAUGAUGUUGCCAGUGAGAAGGCUGGCAUUUUUGUUUUACUGUAUAUCCACUGUGAUCCAUUUCUAGGUAGUUAUUUAAGACAUUACCUCCCUAUAACCCUUAGUAGGGUAAUAGCUCAGGAACAACAAGCCUGCACAGAGGAGCAUGUAGAACUAGCUAGCUAAUCAGCAUUUUACUCCAGUUUUACAGGAGACGCUGACGACUUUUCCAACCAAAUAAUAUAUAUGUAAAAUUAUUCUAAAGCCUUUAAAAAAAAAAAAGUCAUACUAAUUUAUUUUCAUCCAAUAGCGCUGCCGCUUCUCCCUCUGCUCCUGUUGAAGCCUCUCAGCAAUUAUUGUUUUAGUAGACUUAAAACAACUGCCAAAUGUCAUUCACAGCUAUAUAUGACUGGAGAAUAUAUUUGAGUCACACAUUUUUAACAUCAAGGUACUCGUAUAACUUUGUACAUAUGUGCUUGAUAAAUCACUGUCAUUGUCCUUUACAAUAAUUCAAUGCAGUAUGAAUGCAGUGUAACAGUAAUAUAUUGCAACACAAAAACAAUAUACAGUACAUACUGUGCAGGUACAUAGAAUUAUGAGGACUGACGUAAACUGUGAGUUUAUUUUACUUUCUUUACCUUGUAUGAUUUUUAUUUUUUUUAUUAUUCUGUUUUUAUUAACAAUGAACCUUUUGGAAGAGAGUUCCAUUGUUAUUCCUAUCUAUCUAUGCCAAAACCAAUGCAAUGUUACUCUGCACUAAUCAUGUGUAAGAUGCAUUAAUAUUUUUUUUUUAUAUUCAGUUUAAUCUCUUUUUUUUUUAUAUGUUACAUGUUUUAUAUUAUAUUUUUUUGAUUUUCAUAUACCACAUACAGUCGGUCGCUGGAUAGGGAAAAACACUCAACUCCACUCUUAGGCUCAUCUCAGGAAUGCCAAUCUGAAAACUCAGGGAAUACUUCAGAUUGAUUUGAGUCAAGGUGUGUUUAUACAAGAAAAAUAAGAGACUGAGUGUUUAUCCGCAUGAUGUGAAGCGUAGAACAAAGAUGCCAAAGUAAAAUGGGGUUAGAAAUGUCUUGGUACAGCAGUUUCUUUUUUAUUUUGAAGAAAAAAACUAAGAUUAUGGCCAAAAAAAAGCAAUGAAUACAAAUGAUGUGAAAUGGAUGUGAUUGAGAUUCAUAAGCUUUUUGAUUCCUUUACUUAGUCAACUUCAUGCACCCAGUUUGAUGAUGUUCUUUAUAGUGUAUCCUCUUUGAAAUUACUUGACAUGAUAUGACAUAAUAUGAAGAAAAUGUUCCACUAUUAUUGUAUUUUUUUCCUCUAUAAUCGUUGUAGAUGGGGAUGUAGUAGAAUGUUGUUAAAGGGAUUGGGGCUAGUAGUAUAUAAUCCGGGGUUGUCUCAUCUCAACACAUGGCCGAUACUUGGUGUAUUCAGACUAUCAAUGCUUAAGACAAAAAUAAUGUGUCAUGGAUGAUUUAACACUCAAAUAUUGUGUCAUACUCUGCUGUUAGGUGGUGUUUAAAUAACUUUAAGAAAUGAUGAAAAAAAAAAAAACUGUCUAACUCAGGAUGUGAAAAGACGGAAAGAUUGUUAAAAUAAGUGCUCUGAUUAGAUGGAAUGCUUUACUGUUGUGUAUUUUUAUGUUGAAUUUACCAUUUUAUGAUUUUAGUGCCAGUAUAUCCUCUAACUUGAUCACUUUCCUUUCUCUCCAUUUAAAAAGGGAAACAAGUGGAUGACUUUUGUUAUUAAUCUCUGUGAUUAACUUUCUUAAAAAUCCCUGAAACCACUGACUGACUCAUUUGUCAAACAUAUUAAUUGGAUUCUGACACCCACUGUUUAGAUAAAAGUUAAAUGAAAGUGUUGUAUUGUAAUGUAUGCAAUAUUCUGCUGUACUCAUGUUUUCAAAGUAUCAUUUGGGAACUGAAGUCCAUGAGAAAAAUUCUGAUUGCAACAAACAUGUUUGACCCCUCAGUGGUGUGUUAUUGAAAUUUGUUUAUUCAAGUGUUGGAUUGCUCAAUUAAACCUUGAAAAUCCAAGGACUUGUUAGAUUAUGUGCCCAGGGCAGCAUUUGAAGCACAUAAAUAGCGUUCUGUAUCACAGUUUGCAUUAUGUGUGUUUUUCAUGGUAUAUCAGGUAUGUGACCAUCAGCCAUUUCAUCUUUGGAGUAUCUUAUAAGAUCAGGGUAACCAGAAAGAAUAUCUGUUAUCAGAUAAUUGGCUAGAGCAUGAGCAGAAAAUUUGCAUUCAUCACUCAUGAAUGUAUCAGUGUUUACUGCCGUAAAACAUUUAUCUUGAUCCAUCUUAUCUUGAUUUAAUGAAUAUCUUUUCAAUGAGCAGCAUGUAGGCUUUUCAAAGUAUUCAAUGAUAAUGUUUCUAUAUGUUAAGAUCUGCUUCAUUUCCUAGUA